AUGGAUGCUGGGCCUCCUUGGGUUGCCAACCCCACCCCCGGGGGCACCCUCUCUGCCCCCAAUGCUACGACAUUCUGGCUGGGCAGGGAUGAGGAGCUGGCCAAGGUGGAGAUUGGAGUCCUGGCCACUGUCCUGGUGCUGGCCACAGGGGGCAACCUGGCUGUGCUGCUGACCCUAGGCCAGCAGGGCCGCAAGCGCUCCCGCAUGCACUUGUUCGUGCUGCACCUAGCCCUGACCGACCUGGGUGUGGCGAUCUUCCAGGUGCUGCCCCAGCUGCUCUGGGACAUCACCUACCGCUUCAAGGGUCCUGACCUCCUCUGCCGGGCUGUCAAGUACCUGCAGGGACUCAGCAUGUUCGCCUCCACCUACAUGCUGCUGGCCAUGACACUGGAUCGAUACCUGGCCGUCUGUCACCCCCUGCGCAGCCUCCAGCAGCCCGCCCAGUCCAGCUACCCGCUCAUUGCUGCUCCCUGGCUGCUGGCUGCUAUCCUCAGCAUCCCUCAAGUCUUCAUUUUUUCUUUGCGGGAGGUGAUUCAGGGCUCCGGGGUGCUGGACUGCUGGGCAGAUUUCCGCUUUCCCUGGGGGCCACGGGCCUACAUCACCUGGACCACCCUGGCCAUCUUUGUCCUGCCUGUGGCUAUGCUCACCGCCUGCUACAGCCUCAUCUGCCACGAGAUCUGUAAGAACCUGAAAGUGAAGACACAGGCCUGGAGGGUAAAAGGAGGAAGCUGGCAGACUUGGAAAACGCCCUCACCUUCUGCCCCAGCCGCAACCACGCAGGGGCUGCCAUCCCGGGUCAGCAGCAUCAGCACCAUCUCACGGGCCAAGAUCCGAACCGUGAAGAUGACCUUUGUCAUUGUUCUGGCCUACAUCGCUUGUUGGGUACCCUUCUUCAGUGUCCAGAUGUGGUCUGUGUGGGACGAGAACGCCCCUGAUGAAGAUUCCACCAAUGUGGCUUUCACCAUCUCCAUGCUUUUGGGCAACCUCAGCAGCUGCUGCAACCCCUGGAUCUACAUGGUCUUCAACAGCCACCUGCGUCAUCUUGCCUGCUGCGGGGGUCCCCGGCCCCGGAUGCGCAGGCAGCUCUCCAGCGGCAGCCUCUCGAGCCGCCGCACCACGCUGCUGACCCGCUCCAGCUGCCCGCCCACCCUCAGCCUCAGCCUCAGCAUGAGGCCUGGGCCAGAAGAGUCACUGAAAGACUUCGAGCAGGUGGAUGGGGAAGCCACUGCUGAGACCAGCAUCUUUUAA